AUGGGAGGCUGGUCCUACUGCCGGCGUAUUGGUGACAAGACGCCUGGAUGGUUGCCAGCCGAUCGCAUUGCUGAGCUUGCUCGGCUUGUUGCAGAUCACGAAGUGGGAGAGUCUGAAGGCUUGCUGAAUCUCAAGAGUGGGGACAUGGUCGAGGUCAUCAGCCGGCACUAUAGUGGCUGGGCGCAGUGCUGCUUGUGGACGGGCCCACAGUUACCCGGAACUGUCGAAAGGCAGAUAGGCUGGGUCACGGACGCCUACCUUGAAGACAACCGCUCUGAAGCCAUGCUGGCGUCGAAAUGGCAGCGGUUGGUUCUUCAGGCACUCGAGGAGGUGGUCACCUAUGCUGUGCAACUGGAGACCUACCUCCAACAGGCCAAGCCAGAAGACCGAAGCGCAGAUCCGGAGUGGAUGGAGAAAUGCAUGCAAUUCUGUUUGUACUUGAGUUCUGAGCUUCAACAAAUCACCGAAGCCUUGUCUCAGCACGGCCUUUCACAGAAUGCCACUGGCAAGUACGCAAGCAUCGCGACUGAGGUCAUUGGCAACAGUGAGCAUGAGCUCAGUGCCAGUCAGGGUGCACGAGUGUUUAUUGUUGAUGCGGAAAAUCCGGAUUGGGUAUGGUGCAGAUUAGAGGCUGGACGGGCUGAAGGAUGGCUGCCACGCAAUGUUUUGAUCGUCGAACCUGGUUUGAGCCCCAGGAGUGAUUUGCCGGAGUGGAUCAAGGUGGGAGAGAAAGCACGGUGGUGGUCGAACUCUCAGAAGCAAUUCUGCGACGUGAACAUCAAUGCGGUAGACCACUCCGCGCGACAAGUCACAGCAGCCUGGCUGCAGUUGCUGCCGUGCUCCAAAGGAGUGGCGCGACGUGAAGGAGCCAAAGAGCUUUAUCAGCAGCUUCCAGACUGGGUUCGCCCUGGCAGCGUAGCAUACUGGUGGUCAACAAGCCAACAUCGUGUGCUACCUGUACAGAUCCGGGACGUGUGCUCUAGGACUCGGCAGGUGAAGGUGGCGUUCAUUUGCAACAAGACGGUGAAGAAACUAGUGCAGUUCCAUGAGCUGCUUGAUUCUCCAAAGGAAUGCAUGCUCCAAAAAGACAGAUCUGGGCAUACUUGGCGGAAACCCAGACGGAAAUCUAGAGGAGGUGGCUCCAAAGAAGCAGCAGAGGCUGGCAGCCAAACCGAGCCGUCAGAACCGGAGACAGGGACAAAGGCGCUCGGCGACAUCAUGGCUGAGAUGACGCAGGUUCUACGCGGGUGUGUAUAUUGUAAAUGGGAGACGCCCAACCAAUGGGUUUUGGAUGCUUUUGGUCAAUUUUUCUUCUUCCAGGGGAUCAAACUGGGAGGUCUUCCUAUUUUUAUGCAAAACCACCCCAUGCCGGUGGUGUCUUUUUCCAUUCGCUUGCUCAGUGCCAACGACCAACAGAAGACGCAUGACCAGUCGGGGAUGAGGUAUCAUCGGUAUCACUGCCGCUGCGAGAGUUUAUGGUUUACAUAUCGGUACUGUACUGCGAAGAUUUAG